AUGAGCUACAACGCGUACACGCCGCGCACGAAACUGGGGCACCCGUCCGCCUCGCCGUCCCCGCUCCGCCAGGCCUCGACGCUCUCAAACGGCUCCUCGACACGCUCCAACGAUGCCCCGAGCCGGUCGAGCACGCAGUCGAGCAGCGCCUCGACGGGCUUCGGCGCUGCGCUGGGCCACCGCCGCGGCUUGAGCGAGGCCACGGUACUGUCGCAGCCUCGCACCGAGAGCUACUACGGUGGCUCCGAAGACUCGAGUGCCGGCGCGAACCCGUACGCCAACCUGCGCAAAGCGCUACGGCCCCUCUCGCAGGCGCCCCAGAGCUCGCCGCCGCCCUCGCCCGAGAAGGAAAAGCGGCCCGUCACACCCACGGGCAGCCCAACGCGCUCCUUCUCGCACAACCGGUCGCAGAGCGUCGAGAACAUCCGCUACCGGCCCUUCGACGGGCCCGCCUCGCCCACCUCGCCCACCUCGCCCGCCUCGCCGCCCUCGAAGCCGCGCCCGCUGUCCAUCGCCGUCUCCCGCGCAGACUCGAUACGCGCACCGGCCCGCGACCACUCGGCGCGGCCGCUCUCUGCACACCUCGAGAAGCCGGUCCUGCAGAGCCUCCACAAGUCGGCCACGGGCCAUCUGCGCACCCUCUCCAAGUUUGCAGCCUCCGGCAGCGAGGAUGACUUCAGCAUCAAGUCGCCAGAACAAGAGGUCGUCGGCUUGCACGGGCGGCGAAGGCUGCAGCGGACCGACCAGCAACGAGGGAAGAAGACACAAUCCUCGUGGGCCCGGACUAAUUGGAUGGACCAGCAGCGCCAGUUCUUGCAGGCGUACGAGUAUCUCUGCCACAUCGGCGAGGCCAAGGAGUGGAUGGAGGAUAUCAUCGAUGCAGAGCUGCCGCCCGCCGUCGAACUGGAGGAGGCUCUGCGAAACGGUGUCACAUUGGCCGAGAUUGUGCAAGCGAUCAAGGGCCACCCACUGCGCAUCUUCCGCGACCCCAAGUUGCAGUACCGGCACUCUAACAACUAUGCCCAUUUCUUCAACUUCCUGGCCGACGUCGAGCUUCCGGAUCUGUUCCAGUUCGAGCUGAUUGAUCUCUAUGAGAAGAAAAACGUGCCCAAGGUCAUCUACUGUAUCCACGCCCUGUCGUGGCUGCUGUUCCGAAAGGGCAUUGUCGACUUCCGCAUUGGCAACCUGGUCGGUAAACUGCAGUUUGAGCAUCACGAGCUGGAAGCUACACAAAAGGGUCUUGACAAGUCCGGCGUCAGCAUGCCCAACUUCUCUGGCGUGUCGGCGAAUUUCAACGUCGAGCCCGAGCCCGAGCCCGAGCCCGUCGAGUCGGAAGACGAUAGAAUUGAUCGUGAGCUAGGCGAGAACGAGGCCAUGAUCUUGGACCUGCAGGCACAGAUGAGGGGUGCGUUGGUCCGUAUGCGUCUGGGUGAUAUGAUGCAAGAGCUCUGGGACCACGAGCAUCUUAUUGCAGACCUGCAAUCCCGCAUCCGUGGUGACUGGGCAAGACAAAUCGCAACAUAUCGUCUUGAUAUGCGACGAUUCGCAGUGACGCUCCAGAGUGCGGCCAGGGGCUACCUCGUCCGAUCGAGGAAACGUGGCGAGGAGGGCUUCUGGCGGGACAACACAGCCCAAGUGCUCAAGGUCCAGAAUCUGUUCCGUGGACGCAAAGCCAGGGCUCAGGUUCAGUACACCAAAUCGAAGAUCGAGCAACACGAUCACGGGAUACGACAGUUCCAAGCAGCCAUUCGAGGAGCUUUGGAACGACUUCGCGUCGGCAACCGAUACGCCGAGACCCGGGACACCGAACCAGCCACUGUACAUAUCCAAGCGAUGAUUCGGGGAGCCCUUCUCCGACACCGAGUCGACCGCGAAUGGGCCGAGCUGCAGGCCAACGAGGCCUACAUUGCCGACUUCCAAGCAGUGUCCCGAGCAGCUCUUCUUCGACAAGAACUGCGAGCUGACCAAGAGGGCCUUCGCCAACAUGAGAACGUAGUCACCCUCUUGCAGGCGGCUGCGCGGGGCAUUCUCGCUAGGAAACAGAAUGCAGAGAUGCAAGACCAACUGGUAAGCACAUCAGUCGAUUGGUCCGCUGUUCAGUCCAAGAUUCGCGGUGAUGCUGCUCGAAUCUCCUUUGGACAAUUGAUGAGUGCGCUGUACGCUGAGGAGCCACAAAUUACGGAUCUACAAUCGAAGAUCCGUGGCACCAACUACAGGGUCGCUUUUGGGCAGAUGAUGAGCGCGCUCUACGCAGAGGAGCCGCAGGUCACGGACAUCCAAUCCAAGAUCCGGGGCAAUGCCUCGAGAGUCGCGUUUGGGUUGACGAUGAGUGCGCUAUACGCAGAAGAGCCGCACGUCACCGAUCUCCAAGCGAUUGCAAGAGGUGGCCGAGUACGUUCCGAAACCGCAGACACACUUGCGCAGUUGAGCGGACAAGAAGCUACCAUACUUUCUUUACAGGCUUACAUUCGUGGUUUCCUUUCUCGCCAAAGGCAUUUCUCUAACCUCAAGGCUCUCCAGACACAAACUCCGGCUUUCGUCGAUCUGCAGUCGGCGAGUCGAGGAUUCGUCCAACGACAGCGGACAUACGACAUACUCUGCCAACUCAAUGCGCAAGAGCCCGAGAUCACUCAGCUUCAAGGGGAUGCCCGCGGCAUGCUGCUUCGCAUGGAAAUCGGCAUGCAGCUCGGCCAGCUUGAGGAACACGAAGAGGCCGUCGUAGAGCUUCAGGCGUUUGCACGGGGUGUGCUAGUCCGUCACAAACACGCCGAGAAGCAGCAGUUCUACCGUGAAAACAUGGAGAAGGUCAUCAAGCUCCAGAGCUUCGUCCGAGGCCGUCAACAGGGAGAAGCGUACAAGAGCUUGACAAGCGGCAAGAACCCACCCGUGUCUACCGUUAAAAACUUUGUACAUCUGCUCAACGACAGCGAUAUCGACUUUGAUGAAGAGAUUGAAUUCGAGCGCCUACGAAAAACCGUAGUUCAGCACGUUCGGCAGAACGAGCUUGCGGAGCAAUACGUCGACCAACUGGACAUCAAGAUCGCAUUGCUUGUCAAGAACAAGAUCACACUGGACGAGGUCGUCAAGCACCAGAAGCACUUUGGAGGCCACGUCGGCACCCUUCUGAGCAGCAAGGAUAUCUCAUCGAAAGAUCCCUUCGACCUCAAGGCGCUCAACAAGACUUCGCGCCGGAAGCUCGAGCAGUACCAAGAGCUAUUUUUUACCCUGCAGACACAGCCUCAAUACCUGGCGCGUCUUUUCAGGCGUAUCCGAGAGCAGCGACUUGAGGAGAAAGAUACUAAGCGCAUCGAGCAGUUGACAAUGAGCAUGUUCGGAUUGGCUCAGAAGCGAAGAGAAGAGUACUGGCUCCUCAAGCUUAUGGCAAGGUCGCUCAGGGAAGAAGUCGAUCGCUGUGCAACUCUGCAAGAAUUCACCCGUGGCAACUUCUUCUGGACAAGAUUGUUUGGUAGCUUUGUUCGCUCGCCGCGGGACCGCAAAUUUCUGAAGGAGCUCUUGGGCGCGGUCAUUCGCGAGAACAUCAUUGACAACGAGGAGCUGGACCUCGAGAGCGACCCUAUGCAAAUCUACAAGUCGGCAAUCAACAACGAGGAGCUCCGUACCGGUCAGCGAAGUCGCCGAGAUCCCAACGUAACCCGUGACAUGGCGCUCAAGGACCAGGAGACUCGAGCUACGUUCAUCCACAACCUCCAAGAUCUUCGAGACGUCGCGGACCAGUACUUUGCGAUGCUCGAAGAAGUGCUUCACCGCAUGCCGUAUGGCGUUCGCUACAUCGUCCAGCAGAUGUUCGAGGAGCUGCGCCAGAAGUUCCCGUACGAGCCGCAGGAACAGCUCCUUCAGGUUGCAGGACACUGGCUGUGGCGAUCGUAUAUCCAGCCUGCUCUUGCUCAGCCCCAGCACUGGGGAGUAGUCGACCGCGGUCUGUCCAAUGUCAUGGGCCGUAAUCUCAACGCCGUCAACAAGGUGCUCGGACAAGUAGCAGCAGGAAGACUGUUUGGUGGUGAGGACCUCUACCUGCAACCACUCAACAGCUACGUCACCGAGGCCAUCGACCGUCUGCAGGACAUUUGGGUCAAUCUGAUUGAUGUCCGUGACGCCGAGGCAUACUUUGAGAUUGACGAGUUCAACGACCUCUUCGCUCGGACCAAGCCAACACUGUAUAUCAAGCUUGCAGAUGUCUUCGCCAUUCACAACCUGGUCAUCGAUGACCUCUCAACCCUCUGUCCAUCUCAAGACGACCCUCUGCGCGAGGUUGUACGCGAGCUUGGAAGCGCAAAGAACAACGAGAACGAGCUGUUGCACGUCAGCUCGACCGAAAUCACCCUGACACUGAACCCCAAGUUCCACGAACAAGAAGACCCCGAUGCACACCUCAAGUCACUCUUCAUGGAAACGAAGCGCUACGCACUGUACAUCAUCCGCGUGCAGACUGGCGCCAAUCUUACAGAGAUUCUGUGCAAGCCUGUUACACCUCAAGACGAAGACCGAUGGGACGCACUCGUCCGUGAAGAAGUCGCCGCGCAAAGGAAAGACCGCAACCGCAAGCACAGCGCCGUUCGGUCGUCAGCCGCGUCCACCUACACCACGGACAUGGGCUCCAACUCGGUCCUGGAACUCGAUUACCCGACUCUGAAGCAGUACUGCCUGGAGAACAUGGUCCAACUCCAACGCGCGGGCCGCAUCUCGCCGCACAACAACUACCAAGACCUGCUCAACGCCAUCGCAGUGGACAUCCGCACCAAGCAUCGGCGGCGCAUGGAGCGGGCGCGCGAGAUGGAAGGUGUACGCACGACGCUCGCGGCGCUCGACGAGAAAGCGCACUUUCUCGAGCAGCAACUCAAGUCGUACAAUGACUACAUCGAGCAAGCCAUGGUGACGCUGCAAUCGAAAAAGGGCAAGAAGAAAUUCCUCCUCCCCUUCACUCGGCAGUACAACCACAUGCGCGAGCUCAAAUCAACAGGGCGCGCCUACCGAUUCGGAUCGUUCAAGUACUCGGCGCGCAACCUGGCGCAAAAGGGCAUCCUGGUGUCGUGGUCCGGGUACGCGGAGAGCGCGUGGGACCGCCUCGAGCUCACCGUGUCGAGCAACCAGACGGGCAUCUUUGAGAUCCAGGGCUCGCAGGGCAGCAUGAUGAUCCCCGGCGCGUUUGCAGAGGUGCCCCUCGACGGGCUGCUGCAGGCGCAGUUUGAUAACCACCAGUUCAUGAACCUGUUUGGUGAGGGACGCGAUGGCAGCGGCAAUGGGGCUGUCAGGGUUAAUGUUAAUCUGUUCUUGCAUUUGAUUUUCAAGAAGUUCUACCGCGAUGAGUAG